AUGUCUUCUGGACCAGAUGUCAAAGCUACAGUGGGGGACAUUUCCAAUGAUGGCAAUUUAAAUAUGGCUCAAGAGGAAUGCUCCAGGAAAGGCUUUUGUUCAGUCCGACAUGGGCUGGCCCUCAUCUUGCAGCUCUGUAAUUUUUCAAUUUACACCCAGCAAAUGAACUUGAGCAUUGCCAUUCCGGCUAUGGUGAACAACACAGCUCCACCUAGCCAGCCCAAUGCCUCCACAGAACGGCCCUCCACUGACUCCCAGGACUACUGGAAUGAAACUCUAAAAGAAUUUAAAGCAAUGGCCCCUGCAUAUGACUGGAGUCCUGAAAUCCAGGGAAUCAUCCUCAGCUCCCUCAACUAUGGCUCAUUCUUGGCUCCAAUCCCCAGUGGCUAUGUGGCUGGAAUAUUUGGAGCCAAGUAUGUGGUUGGUGCUGGCUUGUUUAUUUCCUCAUUCCUGACCCUCUUCAUUCCACUGGCAGCUAAUGCAGGAGUGGCCUUGCUCAUUGUCCUCCGGAUUGUACAAGGCAUAGCCCAGGUUAUGGUAUUAACUGGUCAAUAUUCAAUUUGGGUCAAAUGGGCUCCCCCACUGGAAAGGAGUCAACUCACCACCAUUGCUGGAUCAGGGUCAAUGCUGGGGUCCUUCAUUGUUCUACUCGUUGGUGGUCUCCUUUGCCAGACUAUAGGAUGGCCUUAUGUCUUCUACAUCUUUGGAGGAAUUGGCUGUGCCUGUUGUCUUCUCUGGUUUCCUCUCAUUUAUGAUGAUCCUGUGAAUCAUCCCUUUAUCAGUGCUGGUGAGAAGAGAUACAUUGUGUGUUCAUUGGCUCAGCAGGACUGUUCACCAGGCUGGUCUCUUCCCAUUACGGCUAUGAUCAAAUCCUUACCACUCUGGGCCAUUUUAGUCUCUUAUUUCUGUGAAUACUGGCUUUUUUAUACCAUUAUGGCAUACACACCAACGUACAUCAGCUCGGUACUUCAAGCCAACCUCAGAGAUAGUGGGAUCCUGUCUGCCUUGCCGUUUGUUGUUGGAUGUAUCUGCAUUAUCCUUGGAGGUCUAUUGGCAGACUUUCUUCUCUCCAGAAAAAUCCUCAGACUCAUCACCAUCAGGAAACUCUUCACUGCCAUUGGGGUUCUCUUCCCAUCUGUGAUCCUCGUGUCCCUGCCCUGGGUCAGAUCCAGCCACAGCAUGACCAUGACCUUCUUGGUGCUGUCUUCUGCCAUCAGCAGCUUCUGUGAAUCAGGAGCCCUUGUUAACUUCUUGGAUAUUGCUCCUCGGUACACUGGCUUUCUCAAAGGACUAUUACAAGUCUUUGCACACAUAGCUGGAGCCAUCUCUCCCACUGCUGCUGGAUUUUUCAUCAGUCAGGAUUCAGAGUUUGGCUGGAGAAAUGUCUUCUUGCUUUCAGCUGCUGUUAACAUAUCGGGCCUGGUUUUCUACCUCAUCUUUGGCCGAGCAGAUGUACAGGACUGGGCUAAAGAGCAGACAUUCACCCACCUCUGAGCAAAACGAGAGAUGUGCUAGAUCCUGGUGCUUAGUUGUUCAUUGUUUUCCCUCAGAGACAUUUCCCUUUCAUGCCUGCUUGACUGGUAAGCUGUUAGCUAGACCCUGUAUAUAAUACUAAAGAUUUUACUACGCCUGGAGAUUUUACAGAGGAAGAAAACAGGCUAGUUAUUUAAUUGCAAGCUACCAAAAGCAAAGGUGUGUUGAGAUUUCUGUGUUCUCCACCCUUCCACUGUUAUCCUGGUAAAAGCAUCAGGGGUUGGGGACAAUUUCUUUCCAAAGCAAAAGAGGAAGCCAGACCUUGGGACUGAGAACUGAGAAUCACAAACAAGUUGUGCCCAACAUGCAGAAGAUGAUUCCUCAGAGCUGUCAUCAAAAGAAAGCCCCAAACAACAGAAUGCAUAGUGUUUUCCAUUGUUGGUGAAAAAUGUCAAGGAGGAAAGAACAAUAAUGAUUCCAUCAUGACAAGAGGAAUGAACAUGUCUGCAACUAAUUGGAGCAAGAUAGUACACUUUAACUCUUUCCGACAACUUCCAUUCUGUGGAUGCCAGCUUUGGAAUCAGAGCCGCCUCUGGAAUACCUGUGCUUCCAGAAUCAGCUUUUGGACAGUUACCUUCUUUCUGGCCAUUUUAACCUCUGCCCCACAUCUGCUUUUUGGCUCGGUGCAGAUCUUUAAUAUGUUAGUGAAUGGACAUUGCCCAGUGUCUCUUCUAGCCCUUCCAACAGUUCUUCAUGUGUCACUGCUUUUGGACAAUGACCCAUGAUGUCUGCCUUCGUGUGCCCUUCUGACUGUUGGAAUCCCACACACCAUUCAGUAGGAUUCAAUUCAAUGUGGAACCAUUCAACAUUCCCCUCAUUAACCUAAAAUGCCUUCCAAAGAUGUAUGUGACACACACUGCCCUAACCUCACUCCAAAUGUCUGGAGAAACGUGUGUAGUGCUUUUGUUAAAGCCCCUAUAUGGGCAGCAUGGAGGAUCAUAAGACAGUAAAACCAUUUCAACACGAAAUGAAUAUUAAUGCACACACACCUUGUGGGGAUGGCAGAAAUCAAAACCAUACACAGUAUUAAGGAAUUCAGUAUCUCAGGAGGGCAGAUAACUUUAAUCAAAGUAUCACACAAGUGAAUGUGUAAUAACUGUAGAAAUAACAAGUGGUUACAUGGGUUACGAGAGUGGAUGAUAAGUGCACUAAUCUGAAUGUAAGGAAGGGCUACCCCUGCAAAGUUGCAGCUGAGCUGGGAUCUGAAGGAUAAUAGUUAACUGGUGUGGGAGACUGACGGGAGAACGUUUGAGGAAGGAAGAACAGCAUAAGCUAAAGUUUCAUGGCAGGAAGGAGCAAUUAGGUAUCCCAGAGGAUAGAGAAUAAGGGAAGUAUGAUUUGUGAGGAGGCUGUAGAAGAAUUAAGGUCAGGAGCACACAGGAUGAUGUGGGCCCAGUGAAUGCGUUGGUCUUUGUUUUGAAAUCAGUGGGAAGUGUCCUUGUUUUCAAAGGCUACUCUGCAUGAGAGAUUAGGUUGGAGUAGGAGCUUACAGUGUAGUCCAGGAGAGAACAAUGGUCUCUGGCAUGAGGGAAUAGACAUGGUGAGAGGUGAAUGGAUUAUUUGAUUUAGGUGGAUUAUUUGAUUUAGGGAAUAAACCUGACAGACCCCAUAACUAAGUGAGAGAGUGGAAGAUGUCCAGAGUAACUCCUGAGUUUUGGUUUGCUGUUAUAUUAAUGCGGAUGCCUCUCACACAGAUAGCGAUUAUACCCAAGUGAAGACAACAAGAAGGAAAAUGGACACAUGACUCUGGAUUUCUCUUGUGAGAUCUAGGCUACAUUUACAAACGUAUAAAUCAUCUUGAUACAGGCAGUGAUUACAAUUUUUAGCAUGGAUGAGACAUCCCAUGGGUGAAAGUGGCAUAAGAAAAGGAAGCUUGGGAAUAAGCCUUAAAGAAUUCCAGUAUUUAAUGGUCAGCUGGAGGAUGAUUAGCA